AUGACUGCGUUGUUUUAUGUGUUGUCAACUAAGAUAGAAAUGGUUUGUCCCACUGUAAUAGUAAGUGAAGCUCGCUAUGUACAAGUGGGGUUAAUGAAACAAGUGGUGCAAAGAGUCCAUUCGCAACAGCUCUGUCAGGACGUGCAGACGUCACCGAUGUGUCACAACACUUGGACACAAUCUAUGUGCGGAUGUGAUCAAAGAGUCCAUUCGCAACAGCUCUGUCAGGAUGUGCAGACGUCACCGAUGUGUCACAACACUUGGACACAAUCUAUGUGCGGAUGUGAUCAAAGAGUCCAUUCGCAACAGCUCUGUCAGGAUGUGCAGACGUCACCGAUGUGUCACAACACUUGGACACAAUCUAUGUGCGGAUGUGAUCAAAGAGUCCAUUCGCAACAGCUCUGUCAGGAUGUGCAGACGUCACCGAUGUGUCACAACACUUGGACACAAUCUAUGUGCGGAUGUGAUCAAAGAGUCCAUUCGCAACAGCUCUGUCAGGAUGUGCAGACGUCACCGAUGUGUCACAACACUUGGACACAAUCUAUGUGCGGAUGUGAUCAAAGAGUCCAUUCGCAACAGCUCUGUCAGGACGUGCAGACGUUACCGAUGUGUCACAACACUUGGACACAAUCUAUGUGCGGAUGUGAUCAAAGAGUCCAUUCGCAACAGCUCUGUCAGGAUGUGCAGACGUCACCGAUGUGUCACAACACUUGGACACAAUCUAUGUGCGGAUGUGAUCAAAGAGUCCAUUCGCAACAGCUCUGUCAGGACGUGCAGACGUCACCGAUGUGUCACAACACUUGGACACAAUCUAUGUGCGGAUGUGAUCAAAGAGUCCAUUCGCAACAGCUCUGUCAGGACGUGCAGACGUCACCGAUGUGUCACAACACUUGGACACAAUCUAUGUGCGGAUGUGAUCAAAGAGUCCAUUCGCAACAGCUCUGUCAGGACGUGCAGACGUCACCGAUGUGUCCCAACACUUGGACACAAUCUAUGUGCGGAUGUGAUCAAAGAGUCCAUUCGCAACAGCUCUGUCAGGACGUGCAGACGUCACCGAUGUGUCACAACACUUGGACACAAUCUAUGUGCGGAUGUGAUCAAAGAGUCCAUUCGCAACAGCUCUGUCAGGACGUGCAGACGUCACCGAUGUGUCACAACACUUGGACACAAUCUAUGUGCGGAUGUGAUCAAAGAGUCCAUUCGCAACAGCUCUGUCAGGACGUGCAGACGUCACCGAUGUGUCACAACACUUGGACACAAUCUAUGUGCGGAUGUGAUCAAAGAGUCCAUUCGCAACAGCUCUGUCAGGACGUGCAGACGUCACCGAUGUGUCACAACACUUGGACACAAUCUAUGUGCGGAUGUGAUCAAAGAGUCCAUUCGCAACAGCUCUGUCAGGACGUGCAGACGUCACCGAUGUGUCACAACACUUGGACACAAUCUAUGUGCGGAUGUGAUCAAAGAGUCCAUUCGCAACAGCUCUGUCAGGACGUGCAGACGUCACCGAUGUGUCACAACACUUGGACACAAUCUAUGUGCGGAUGUGAUCAAAGAGUCCAUUCGCAACAGCUCUGUCAGGACGUGCAGACGUCACCGAUGUGUCACAACACUUGGACACAAUCUAUGUGCGGAUGUGAUCAAAGAGUCCAUUCGCAACAGCUCUGUCAGGACGUGCAGACGUCACCGAUGUGUCACAACACUUGGACACAAUCUAUGUGCGGAUGUGAUCAAAGAGUCCAUUCGCAACAGCUCUGUCAGGACGUGCAGACGUCACCGAUGUGUCACAACACUUGGACACAAUCUAUGUGCGGAUGUGAUCUCAAUUGGUGA